UGUUUCUACGCAAACAUGUACAAGAUUGAAGUCCUGACAAGCGUAUCUACACUUUGAGCGUUGAUAAGCAGCAGAACCGUUUCCUCCAAGUUAACGCCCGAAAACAAAGUCCUCCAAUUCCAAGAUGCCUAAACAAGCUGCUGUUGAAUCAUCCAUCGAUUUGGAAAACCGAGAUCCCAACAACAUCAACGACCACUUGAAGGUCCAGUUUGAGGAUGUUUUGGCGGAGCCCGAAGGUGCCCACAGCAUUGAUUGCUGCUGGAAGUUUACCAACACUUGCUUCAACUGCGCCUUCAAAUGCUGCUACAUGUUGAUGACCCUUUGUGGACCUCUCUACGGCCUCUACUACGGUUGGAGUUACGCUAUGCUUGCCUGUGCUCACAUUUGGCAGUACACACCACAGAUCAAAGCUUGCGAGAUCAACUGCGUCAUGAUGAGGAAAGUGUACACCAUCUGCCUCAACUGCUGCCUGACGCCAUGCUGCGAGUCCUGUGGUGCUGUCUUCAGCAGGAUUCAAGUCAAACAAUAACACAGACUCAAUCGGGAACUAUCCUAGCGUUCUUGCACUGAGUAAAACACAGUAUACGAUUGGCCUGGAUGUCUCUUGGACACACUGGCUUCAAUGGGAAUAUGUUAUGCUAAAACCAAUAACUUGUUCUGCCAUCGAGAACAACCUUCAUCUGCUGCAGUGACAUUUCUGGAUGUGAAACUUGAAACCCAUCUGUUCUGUUUUCUAAACAAUUCCUGUGUAUAUUAAGGAUCUUGUGUAAUAUUCAACCUGUCUUGUCACUUCAGUUUGUACAAGAAACUUGACUUAAGGGUCUGGGAGCACAAAGUAUGCAAUUAAUAGUACUUUCGCUUAUAAAAAAAAACAUUAUGUAAAGCGUCAUGUUUAUACAGGACCUUUUUUGUAUAUAUUGCCUUUCGAUGUUAAAAUGGACAAGUUUUGUGUUUUUUAUAUUUUUACAAAAAGAGCUUGAUCCAAGCAUGAUGUAUACAGUAUUACAACAACGAAUAAUAUUGUACAUACUUCUACUAGCAUUUCUGCGACCAAUAAAUUUUCUUUUGUUAUAAA